AUGAGUACUCCGAAGCCUGACCCACUAGUCCCACGCCCAUGCCUGCCCAAGGCGUUUGUCGCAGUGGUCGUGCUCGUGUACUUCUCCUCGAACCUGGGCUGCUUCAACCAGGAGCUGUCAUAUGCAGAAUUCUUCGCUGGCGAGGGGAAUGUUUUUAGGGCUGUGAAGAAGAUCUAUGCGGCAGCUGCUGUAGAUAUUGAGUACGCAAAGGGCGCGGAGUGGGGACCGAACAACCCCAUGGACCUCAAUGGGGCAGCCGGCCUGGCGCAGGGCGACCCGACUCCCACUACAUCCUCGCUGCUCCUGUCUGCAGCAGCUGGACGAUUCUCUUAUGUCUACUCAGCUGCUGCCUGGGCGGCACAUUCCUGGUGGAGCAGCCAGGUCUACAGAAUUUGUUGGUGGAUGAAGCACUACGGAUCCGAAACAGCCAAAAGGCAUCAGGCCUUCACCAACAACAAGUUUGCUGGAGCCUACAACCGGGGCAAACUCUGCGCCAAAGAUCGUGUGAACAAGACAACCAAAACCACUCGGCGAUAUGUGGACUCUCGUGGCAGAACGAGGUGGAACGGUACAGCCAAACUGAAGCAGACACAGGUGUUUCCCAGUGGAUUCGGUCUUCAAACGGUACGCAUGAUGCCGCAAUUGAUGACACGCGGCCUCGGAAAGCCGUCGCUUGCUGCUCGAAGACCAGGGCCUGACGUAUUUGCUGCAGCGGAGUGGUCGGACUGGGAUGAGGCAAGGUUGGCGCCCGUGAUCGCGUAUCUACGUGGCAACAAAUCUUUGAUGAUGCCGUGUGAGUGGAAGUCCGUCUUUCCUGUAGCAGUGUAG